AUGAAUCCUAGAAUGCGCUGCAUUGCCAUUUUCAGUCUGUUAGUAUUGAAUAUUUCAUUUACAUCCGGUAAUAAGGAGCAUGAUCAUUCUGAGCACGAUCGUCAUCACUCACACGAUCAUUCUGAGCAUGAUCAUGAGUCACAUCGAAAACUGUUUACAGACAAUUCGUAUGAUGGUACUGAAGAUGGCCAAAAGGAAAAAUUACGUUCAAUUGCGUCCGUAAUUGAUGCAAACAAUGAUCAACAAGUUUCAAAAGAUGAAAUGAGAAAAUAUGUUGAAGAACGAAUCCGAGAUCAGCAACAUCGAGAAUUUCAAGAUUUGGCAUCUACUUUAGACCCGAAUAAUGAAGGAAAAGUUACAUUUAGCGCAUUUAUUCGUGAUAAUUAUGGUGAUGAAGAUAUGAGUCAGUUCGAAAAAAUGGAAAAUACAGAUUUAAGAUCAAGGGAAACACGACGAGUAAGAACCGUGGAUUUUUCUUAUUUUGAUAGUUAG